AUGCCGAGAGCGCAAAGAGCACGCAUUAGCAGAAGAACUGCCAAUGCAACUCGAAUGUAUAACAGAAGGCAACAAAAUAACACACCAGAACGUUCUCAAACACGUGCUCAGGAGCAACGUAACGCUUUGAGUAUGAAAUCAGCGUUUAAUUAUCAAUCCGAGAUUGAUUAUUUAAAUAUUAAAGCGCUUCAAAUUGGACGAAUGACUAUAUUAUGUCCUAAUUGCCAUGCAAAAAAAUGGAAAGAUGAAACCCAUGGACUUUGCUGCGCUGACGGUAAAGUUGUUUUACACCAAUUUGAGGAUCUUCCAGACCUAAUUAAAAGUUUAAUUGAUAAUUCUCACCCUCUAUCAAAACAUUUCUUUAAUAAUUCUAGACGGUAUAACACUCUGUUUCAAAUGACAUCGUUUGGAGCAAACGAAAUAAGUGAAGGGAACUUCAUGCCCUCUUUUAAAAUUCAGGGUCAAGUGCAUCAUUUAAUAGGUAGUUUAUUACCCGAAAUUGGAAAUAAUGCUAAAUUUUUACAAAUAUAUUUUAUGUCAGAGUCGGAUCAAAUAUAUAUUCGAACAAAUAUGAUUCCAAAUUUAAAAAGAGGUCUCAUUGAAUCAUUGCAAACAGUUUUGCGUGAAAAUAAUCACCUCAUACAGAGCUUUAGAUCUAAUCUGGAGUCGAGGUCGUUUGAUGAGUUGCAAAACUUUAAGUUAAUUAUUCAUGCUGACAGAGUUCCUCAAGAUGAACACAGAGGUCAAUAUAAUGCACCUACCAUCGAUGAAGUAGCUGUAUUAUUAGUUAAUGAAGAUAAAGGUCCCAGAGAUAUAGUUCUGCAUGGUCGGAGUGGACACUUGAGUCGAGUUUCCGAAUUGAAUAGAUCUUAUGAUGCACUGCAAUAUCCAUUGAUGUAUACUAGAGGCGAAGACGGUUAUCACAUUAAUAUAUUACAGGAAAAUAACCAAAAUCGAACCAAAACUGUAUCCUGCAUGCAAUUUUAUUCUUAUAGGUUUAUGGUUAGAGAAACAGGUCUAAAUCAUCUACAUUAUUACAAAACAUUAUUCAGCCAAUUCGCCGUAGAUAUGAUGGCAAAAAUGAUUUCUGAAAGACUACACUUUAUUCGUAACCAUCAAAAACAACUACGUGCGGAUGAUUAUGUUCACCUCCGAGAUGCUGUUAACAAUGAUGCAAAUAUUAAUGCUAAUAACGUGGGGCAACAAGUAAUUCUUCCCUCCUCUUUUACUGGCUCCCCACGUUACAUGCAUGAAAAAAAUCAGGAUGCCAUGACUUAUGUUCGUAAAUUUGGCCGUCCAGAUUUAUUUAUUACUUUUACAUGCAACCCGGAAUGGCCGGAAAUAAAAAAUGAAUUAUUUCAAGACCAAAAUGUUGAAUGGCAAAAACGAGGUUUGCCACACUGCCACAUUCUUUUGUGGUUACAAACGAAAAUUCAGCCAGAUGAAAUUGAUAAAAUUAUUUCUGCCGAGAUACCAAACAAAGACAGAGAUCCUAUACUUUAUGAAAUAGUAUGCAAGAAUAUGAUUCAUGGCCCAUGCGGCGAGUUAAAUAUUUGA